AUGGCGUCGGAGCCGGAGCCGGAGGGGCCGGCCAUCGACCAGAGUUUGCUGGAAUGUUCGGCUGAGGAGACGGCGGGGAAAUGGCUGCAAUCUACUGACCUCACUAGAGAAGUAUACCAGCAUUUAGCCCACUAUGUGCCCAAAAUCUACUGCAGGGGUCCCAACCCUUUUCCACAGAGAGAAGACAUGCUGGCACAGCUAGUCUUAUUGGGACCAAUGGAAUGGUACAUUUGUGGCGAAGAUCCUGCAUUUGGAUUUCCAAAACUUGAACAAGCAAACAAACCUUCUCAUCUUUGUGGUCGUGUUUUUAAAGUAGGAGAGCCUACUUACUCUUGCAGAGACUGUGCAGUUGAUCCAACUUGUGUUUUAUGCAUGGAAUGCUUUUUGGGAAGUAUUCACAGAGACCAUCGAUACAGGAUGACAACAUCAGGAGGUGGAGGCUUCUGUGACUGUGGUGAUACUGAAGCGUGGAAAGAAGGUCCUUACUGUGAAAAACACAAACUUAACACCUCUGAAAUUGAGGAAGAAGAGGAUCCACUCAUUCAUUUACCAGAAGAUGUGAUAACAAGAACUUACAACAUUUUUGCUAUCAUGUUUCAUUAUGCAGUAGAGAUAUUAACCUGGGAAAAAGAAAGUGAAUUACCAGCAGAUUUAGAGAUGGUAGAGAAGCCUGACACCUACUAUUGCAUGCUGUUUAAUGAUGAGGUUCAUACCUACGAACAAGUUAUUUAUACUCUUCAGAAAGCUGUUAACUGUACACAAAAAGAAGCCAUUGGCUUUGCAACUACAGUAGAUCGAGAUGGACGUAGGUCUGUUCGAUAUGGAGAUUUUCCGUAUUGUGAGCAGGCAAAAUCAGUAAUUGUGAGAAAUACCAGUAGACAGACAAAGCCACUUAAAGUUCAAGUUAUGCAUUCGUCUAUUGUUGCGCAUCAGAAUUUUGGUUUGAAACUUUUGUCUUGGCUGGGAAGCAUUAUUGGAUAUUCAGAUGGUCUUCGCCGAAUUUUAUGUCAAGUUGGUUUACAAGAAGGGCCAGAUGGUGAAAAUUCUUCUCUUGUGGAUAGAUUAAUGCUCAAUGAUUCCAAAUUAUGGAAAGGUGCAAGGAGCGUGUACCACCAGUUGUUCAUGAGCAGUCUGCUGAUGGAUUUGAAAUACAAGAAACUGUUUGCUGUUCGAUUUGCAAAGAACUAUGAGCGUUUGCAGAGUGAUUAUAUGACAGAUGACCACGAAAGAGAGUUUUCAAUCGCAGACCUCUCGGUUCAGAUAUUCACAGUUCCUUCACUUGCUCGAAUGCUCAUCAUAGAAGAAAACCUGCUGACCAUUAUCAUUAAGACUUUUAUGGAUCAUUUGAGACAUCGAGAUGCCCAGGGUAGAUUUCAGUUUGAACGAUAUACUGCUUUACAAGCCUUCAGAUUUAGAAGAGUUCAGAGCCUUAUUUUAGACCUAAAGUAUGUGUUGAUUAGUAAACCAACUGAAUGGUCAGAUGAUCUCAGGCAGAAGUUCCUAGAAGGAUUUGAUGCCUUUUUGGAAUUACUCAAAUGUAUGCAGGGAAUGGAUCCUGUUACACGUCAAGUAGGACAGCAUAUUGAAAUGGAACCAGAAUGGGAAGCAGCCUUCACAUUGCAGAUGAAAUUAACACAUGUUAUUUCCAUGAUGCAGGAUUGGUGUGCUGUAGACGAAAAAGUGUUAAUUGAAGCUUACAAGAAAUGCCUUGCUGUAUUGAUGCAGUGUCAUGGUGGUUUUACUGAUGGUGAACAGCCAGUCACAUUAAGCAUUUGUGGACAUUCAGUGGAAACUAUCAGAUACUGUGUUUCUCAAAAAAAAGUUAGCAUUCACCUCCCAGUUACUCGCUUACUUGCAGGUUUGCACGUUUUAUUAAGCAAAAGUGAAGUGGCAUAUAAAUUUCCAGAGCUCCUACCUCUAAGUGAACUUAGCCCACCUAUGUUGAUAGAAUACCCUCUUAGAUGUCUUGUUUUAUGUGCCCAAGUACAUGCAGGAAUGUGGAGAAGAAAUGGGUUCUCUCUGGUAAACCAGAUUUAUUACUACCAUAAUGUGAAGUGCAGACGUGAAAUGUUUGACAAGGAUAUAAUAAUGCUUCAGACAGGUGUCUCCAUGAUGGAUCCAAAUCAUUUCCUGAUGAUAAUGCUCAGUCGCUUUGAACUUUAUCAAAUUUUCAGUACUCCAGACUAUGGGAAAAGACUUAGUUCUGAAACUACCCAUAAGGAUGUAGUUCAGCAAAACAAUACUCUAAUAGAAGAAAUGCUAUACCUCAUUAUAAUGCUGGUUGGAGAGAGAUUUAGUCCUGGAGUUGGACAGGUAAACGCUACAGAUGAAAUUAAGCGAGAGAUUAUCCAUCAGUUGAGCAUCAAACCUAUGGCUCAUAGUGAAUUGGUAAAGUCUUUACCUGAAGAUGAGAACAAGGAGACUGGCAUGGAGAGUGUCAUUGAAGCAGUUGCCCAUUUCAAGAAACCUGGAUUAACAGGACGAGGCAUGUAUGAACUGAAACCAGAAUGUGCCAAAGAGUUUAACUUAUAUUUCUAUCACUUUUCAAGGGCCGAGCAGUCCAAGGCCGAAGAAGCUCAACGGAAAUUAAAAAGACAAAAUAGGGAAGAUACAGCACUUCCACCUCCAAUUUUGCCUCCAUUCUGCCCUCUGUUUGCAAGCCUGGUUAACAUUUUGCAGUCAGAUGUCAUGUUGUACAUCAUAAGAACAAUACUGCACUGGGCUGUAGAACAUAAUGGAUAUGCCUGGUCUGAGGCCAUGUUGCAAAGGGUGCUACAUUUAAUUGGAAUGGCACUACAAGAAGAAAAACAGCAUUUGGAGAAUGUCAUGGAGGAGCAUGUAGUAACAUUUACCUUUGCUCAGAAGAUAUCAAAACCUGGUGAAGCACCAAACAACUCCCCCAGCAUAUUAGCAAUGCUGGAAACACUGCAGAAUGCUCCCUAUCUGGAUGUCCACAAAGACAUGAUUAGGUGGAUAUUAAAGACUUUUAAUGCUAUUAAGAAAAUGAGGGAAAGUUCAUCCGCCAGUUCUGUGGCAGAGACAGAAGGAACUAUAACGGAAGAGAGUUCAAGAGACAAAGACAAGGCUGAGAGAAAGAGAAAAGCUGAGAUUGCCAGACUGCGCCGGGAAAAGGUCAUGGCCCAGAUGUCGGAGAUGCAGCGGAACUUUAUUGAUGAGAACAAAGACCUCUUCCAGCAGACAGUAGCGGAGGAAGCCUCUAACUCUGCUAUUCUUGAUAAUAGCCCUAUGGUGUCAGAUACAACACUUACAGCAUUGGGCCCAGCACAAACUCAGGUCCCUAAACAAAGACAAUUCGUUACCUGUAUAUUGUGUCAAGAGGAGCAAGAGGUGAAAGUGGAAAGCAAGGCAAUGGUCCUAGCAGCAUUUGUUCAAAGAUCAACUGUAUUAUCAAAAAACAGAAAUAAAGUCAUUCAGGAUCCAGAAAAAUACGAUCCAUUAUUCAUGCACCCUGAUCUGUCAUGUGGAACACACACUGGUAGCUGUGGACACGUUAUGCAUGCCCAUUGUUGGCAAAGGUAUUUUGAUUCCGUUCAAGCUAAAGAACAGCGAAGGCAACAGAGAUUACGCUUACAUACAAGCUAUGAUGUAGAAAAUGGAGAAUUCCUUUGUCCCCUUUGUGAGUGCUUGAGUAACACUGUUAUUCCUCUGCUGCUUCCUCCAAGAAAUAUUUUUAACAACAGGUUAAAUUUUUCAGACCAACCAAAUCUGACUCAGUGGAUUAGAACCAUAUCUCAGCAAACGAAAGCAUUACAGAUUCUUAGGAAAGAAGAACGUAUUCCUAAUAUUGCCUUUUCAAAGAAUUCAGAAAAUAUGGAUGAAUUGCAGCUCCCUGAAGGGUUUAGGCCUGAUUUUCAUCCUAAGAACCCUUAUUCCGAUAGCAUAAAAGAAAUGCUAACUACAUUUGGAACUGCUACUUACAAGGUGGGACUAAAGGUUCAUCCCAAUGAAGAAGAUCCCCGUGUGCCCAUAAUGUGCUGGGGUAGCUGUGCAUACACCAUCCAAAGCAUAGAGAGAAUUUUAAGUGAUGAAGAUAAACCAUUAUUUGGUCCUUUGCCUUGCAGACUGGAUGACUGUCUUAGGUCACUGACAAGAUUCGCUGCAGCACAUUGGACAGUGGCAUUACUUUCAGUGGUGCAAGGGCACUUUUGUAAACUUUUUGCAUCUUUGGUGCCUAAUGACAAUUAUGGAAACCUUCCAUGCAUAUUAGAUAUUGACAUGUUUCAUUUAUUGGUGGGCUUGGUGCUUGCUUUCCCUGCAUUGCAGUGUCAGGAUUUUUCAGGGAUCAGCCUUGGCACUGGAGACCUCCAUAUUUUCCAUCUGGUUACUAUGGCACACAUCAUCCAGAUCCUACUUACCUCAUGUACAGAAGAGAAUGAAAUGGAUCAAGAAACUCCUGCUGGUGAAGAAGAAUUAGCAGUUCUUGCUUUGUAUAAAACACUUCGCCAGCACACAGGAAGUGCUUUGAAAGAAAUACCCUCUGGCUGGCACCUGUGGAGGCGUGUCAGAACUGGCAUCAUGCCCUUCCUGAAAUGUUCCGCUUUGUUUUUUCAUUACUUAAAUGGAGUUCCUUCCCCGCCUGAAAUUCAAGUUUCUGGAACAAGCCAUUUUGAACAUUUAUGUAACUAUCUUUCCCUGCCAAACAACCUCAUUUGCCUUUUUCAAGAAAAUAGUGAGAUAACGAAAUUACUGAUUGAAAGUUGGUGUCAGCACAAUGAAGUGAAAAGAUAUCUAGAAGGUGAAAGAGAUGCUAUUAGCUAUCCAAGAGAAUCUAACAAAUUGAUAGACCUUCCAGAGGAUUACAGCAGCCUCAUUAAUCAAGCCUCUAAUUUCUCGUGCCCCAAAUCAGGCGGUGAUAAGAGCAGAGCCCCAACUCUGUGCCUUGUAUGUGGAACUCUGCUAUGCUCCCAGAGCUACUGCUGCCAGACUGAACUGGAAGGGGAGGAUGUGGGCGCCUGCACAGCUCACACUUACUCCUGCGGUUCUGGAGUGGGCAUCUUCCUGAGAGUACGGGAAUGUCAGGUGCUAUUUUUAGCCGGCAAAACCAAAGGCUGUUUUUAUUCUCCUCCGUACCUUGAUGACUAUGGGGAGACUGACCAGGGACUCAGACGGGGAAAUCCUUUACAUUUGUGCAAAGAGCGAUUUAAGAAGAUUCAGAAGCUCUGGCACCAGCACAGUAUCACAGAGGAAAUUGGACAUGCACAGGAAGCAAAUCAGACACUGGUUGGCAUUGACUGGCAACAUUUAUAG